AUGGAAGUUCCUUCUGAUAUGAAGGAUUUGCAAUGUUAUGGGUGUAGCCCAGUUUCAGUUCAGGUUCAAGGCAGCGAUUUUAAGAAGCUGAUCGAUGUGGAAGGGAAGUGCAUGAAAGAGUCUGAAGACGAAAGGAUGGUGCUAAUGACAAACGAGGUUAACCGGUUUGACUUUCUCCCUGAUGACAUCCUUUCAGAUAUCCUUAAAAGGCUUCCCGAUGCUUUCCUUUGUUAUAAGGCUAAGUAUGUCUGUAGAAGAUGGUUCAAUAUAUGCACCAACACUAUCUUGCUAGAUGAUGCUUCUUUUAUCCUCGAGAAAUCAAGUGGAAUUCACACAGCACGUCUUGUGGGUGUAAGGGAAGAACAACAAGGGCUAGAAGUAAAAGAGCAAAAACUUGACAUACCUUUUGUAAGGAUAAAGUCUUGGUAUAACGAGUUUCUUCUGAUAAUGGAUUGCUCCUGCAGCCUGUAUGUUUUCAAUCUAAUCACCAACCAAAGAUCAUAUCUUCCUGAAUGUCAUACAAUUUGUAGACCACACUUUACUGACAGAUGUGGAGUGGCCCUUUGCUUUGAUGGAUUCAAGGGAGUAUACAAGGUCGUUCAUGUUUUUAGGGGCCCACCAUUCCGAUUUCAUAUUCUUAUCUUGGGAAGCGAGAUGGGCUCGUGUGUUACCUCAAGUUGGAAAAGGGUGGAAGUUGGUUGGGAUAUGGACUGGCAGAAUUGUUGGAGUGACCCGGUUUCAGUUCAGAUUCAAGGUAGAUUUUUUCAUUGGGAUGUUCAUUGUUCCAAAUACCUUGUUUCUGUGGAUAUGGUUAAAGAGGAAAUUUACCAGAUGAGCCUACCGGGGUCCAAUGAUCAUAUGUGCAGCCUCUAUUCUAUUUUUGAGAUGGGUGGUUUCCUCACUCUCAUUGAUGGAGUUUGUAGGGGCAAAGCUGACAUAUGGGUUCUUAAAGAUUUUCAAAGGAUGAAGUGGGAGAAGUUGCUGUCAAUCUCUCUCCCGGAUUAUUACAUUGAAAAAUAUCCUGUUACUUGUUUUAUAUCUCCUGUCUGUGGCGUGAUAAGUAAGAGAUAUAUUAUCUUCAGAAAACGUAGAUCUGGUAAGUAUUGUAGUUAUGAUCUGAAAGAUGGAGUUGUGAAGGAGCUAAACAUCCAUAUUGAAUGUGGUGAUCGUUAUGUGGUUCGUUCAUCAGCACCAAAGUUUAUGUAG